UGCGCGCGCGCCGACAGGAAGUGACUUUGCCUCGGUGGACGCGGGGCUCCAUUCAGCGCCGGGAUGCUUCCAGUUACGCUCGUCGCAAAACACAUCCGCGUCGUCCAGGUCGGAAGACUGCUGCACACGGCCGCCGCUGCAAACAUGCCGAUCAAGGUUGGUGAAAGUCUCCCAGAAGUGGAGGUCCAGGAGGGGGAGCCUGGUAACAAGGUGGCCAUGGACCAGCUCUUCAAAGGGAAAAAAGGAGUCCUCUUUGCCGUGCCAGGGGCUUUCACCCCUGGUUGUUCCAAGACACAUCUUCCAGGUUUUGUGCAGCAGGCUGUGGAGUUGCGAAGUAAAGGUAUGCAAGAGAUUGCUUGCAUCGCUGUCAAUGACGCAUUUGUCAUGACUGCCUGGGGAAAGGAGCAUGGAUCAGAUGGCAAGGUUCGGAUGCUGGCCGAUCCUACGGGAGCAUUCACUAAGGCAGUUGACCUGUUGCUUGACAAUGAUCAGAUUGUGCAAGUCCUCGGGAACAAGAGAUCUAAGCGGUAUGUCAUGGUGGUGGAGGAUGGAGUCGUGAAGAACAUUAAUGUGGAGCCUGACGGUACUGGCCUGACAUGCAGUUUGGCUUCCAAUGUUCUGUCGCAGCUCUAGACUUAUUUGGAGCACGUUGACACCCUUACUGUAGCCCUAUAGACACUGUUACAAUUGCACUGGUUUACCCAAACCCCUAUGAUUUCACUAUCCCAAAGAAGGAUGCAAAUGUCAGAUGGCUGGUGAGGUCCCAGUACAGAAAUAAAUAAAUGCGCACAAUUAUGACUGAAUGCCAUUCCAGAUGACUGCACACCCUCUUGUGUAUACCGUCAGGUGGAAGCAAAUAAAAUUUGCCCUGAAAGUAAUGGUACUUAUCUUCCCUAUGUUGUAUGUAAAUUUCUAGUUUGCGUUGAUCUCAUUUUCUGCAGCUCAGCGGCCUCCACAGUGAAUGAUG